AUGUCUAGCUCUUUACUAGGACAGACGCUCCGGGACAACAUUAUCGCAGGAGUGCCCACUCGAACCAAGGCAUAUAGUGAUUACACCGGGCUUCCGGUACCCCCUUGUGGCGAUUUCGCUCCAAGGUCCACCAGUAUCAAUGCGCCACCAUGGAUGCCCACUUUAACCAGUCCACAUAGGCUCUCGUUACAUAACGAAAUCGAACACUUCGUCGCGUACAUGAAGCCAACCGACAAAGAGCUCCUCCUCCGCACCGACUUGAUCAAUCGUUUCACCAAGCUCAUCGAGACGCUGGACCCGCAGGUUUCCGUUCAAGCUGUGGGCUCGACUGUCAGCGGACUUCACUUCCCAACUUCAGACAUCGACAUGGUUGUCACUUUGGCAGGCGCCAGAGCUGGCUAUUAUUCCACCUCCACUCUCUCCGCCAGAACGACAUUGACUCUACUGGAGUACAAGAUCAGAUCGUCCGGAUUUGCCAGAAAGAUUGAAUCCAUUUUGAACGCUUCUGUCCCUCUGCUAAGGAUAACGGAUGCAGUGACGGGGAUAGACAUUGACCUGACGGCAGCAGACGAGCAUGGGGUUAAGGCGACGAACAUGGUACAAUCCUACAUGAAGUCCGAGAAUGCCACAGUCAUCAAGAGUCUGGUCAUGGUCCUGAAGCUAUUCCUGGCCACACGGAAGUUAGGCACCACGUUCACGGGAGGAAUCAACUCUUACCUACUCGUAUGGAUGAUGGUUGCUUGGGUAAAGCUCGAGAUGCCCAAGUUGGUCGGAGGAGCACAUAGCGAAAGACCCUCCAAUAACGUCGACGAUUUGAUCUCUAGGAUGGGGACCUUGAAUGUUUCUUCGUCCUCAGGGCCUUCGAGGCGGAGCGAUCCGCAGGUCGACCUCGGGGUUGCCUUGAAGGCAUUUUUCAGGUUCUACGGCAAAGACUUCGAUACUACGACAACCACCAUACGAUUUACAUCGACAAGUGUAGCAUAUGGAGUCAAGAGCUAUACUUAUUCACGUUACACCCAGCAACGCUACCUACUUUCAAUCACCGACCCGGCAGACGUCACUAUCGAUCCUGGGUUCAAAGGCAUACGGGAUCAAGCAUGUGCGGGCGAGCUUUCGGGAAGCUUAUCGCACCCUCGAUGCGCUAGAAAGUGGAACAGCGGACAGGGUGGAAUUGGCAAAGGCCAGGGUACAGGGAACCUUGGGCUACGUCCUUGGGGGCGAUUAUGCGGACCUCGCAGAGAAGAGGAAGAAAAUGGUGGACAGGUGGCGCAGAAGUCGAAGAUUGUAGGGCCAUGA